ACAGAACAAUCAGUUUGUGUUUGGUUGUUCUCGAGAUCGUUAGCCACGGUUUUAUCAGUUUUAUCCCUUUGUUCAGAUUUUUGAAUUUUUUGAGCGCGAAGUUUCGCGCCGUGUUUCAUCUGUUAGAAAUCAGGUAUGAUUCCAAUGCAAAACGAUUUCGUUCUUUUGUGUUUCGUUUCAGAUUGGCUGCGAGUGUGAAAUUUGAGGAUUACAUCAAUACCCAUUCUCUCUCCCGUCAUUUAUCCUAAUUCCUAUCCCGGAUUUUAUAUGCAAAUAUAGAAUCCUUAAAUGAUUGUGUAAAGAGUUUAUCGUGAAGUUUUCUAAGAAACCAAACGAAGAUUCGAACAAUCCGAAAAAGUUGUUGGUCUACGAUUGGAGCGCGAAUAAUUAAAAAAAACGGAUGACAAUGUGCGGAUAAAAGAUUAUAUCGGACAAAAGCGCUUAAAUCACGGUCACCACUUGAAAGAUGAUGAAUGUAUCGUGCAUACAGUGAUCAUCGUUAUAUGACUGCUAAAAGGUUGGCUGGCAUUCAAUAUCAGUGAUCGAUUGAGUUAUCUCAACGUGGAAGAAGUUAGCUGUGGAUGGAUUAAACUGGAUGGAACUCUUGGAUAGUGGCAAUCGUUCAGCAACAUUCGUGCGCAGGUGGAAUCGAGCAUCAAAAUUCCACCUGAAUUAGGAUACGUCACCAAGGGGUUGGUAACAGACAUAUCUCCUUGAAAAAUGGUAUGUAUCACAGCAAUUUGCACAGACGAGGAAGUGGACAUCCUUUGUAGGUGACAUAUUAUCUAUAGUGUUGUAUGGAAUAUUUAUAAAAAGCACCAAUCGACCUCCCGAAAUAUAACCAUUGUAAAUUUAUUAGAUAACUGAAAACAACAAUGAUACAAAAUAAUAAAUAUAUUAACAUAUUAAUCUUUCUCGUAUAAACUAUGAAUUGAUUUAUUUUAAAUAUAUUUCAUUCAAUUUAUAUUGUAUACACAAUGUCAGAAUUUAUCAUUGUACCACAUGCUUUCGCGAUACAAAUAUAUUCCAAUGAAAGUUUCGAAUGGAACAAUCGUUCUAUUUUAUCAAUUGUCUGCAUGAUAUGCAUGCCGCAUGUUAUCGAGACGAAUAUUUCCGUAUAGUAUUUGACAUUUUGUUAUCAUGUUACAGUCCUGAUGAAAAUGACAUUGAUUUGGCGGAUAUCCAUAGUUCGAUUGCCGAUGGCGAGGAACCCGAAACUCUAGAUCUACGCCAACAGCCGGCAGCUUCUUUGGAAAGCCAGCCACUGGAAUAUAAGGUGGAGCCAUCCUGUCGAAAACGUCCGAGAAAUCCAGUUGAUAAUAGUCAAUACUACCAUCAAGAUGAGCUGGAAAACUAUCGGAAACGUCACAAACUUAACAUGCAGCAUUACUACGAUGAAGCGUAUUAUGCGGCAGAAAAAAAGAUGCGGAAUCCUUUCUUGGAUGAAUCCUUGAUGAAGCCCUUGGAUACGUUCGAGAACUAUGCCAGGGGGUCGAUGAAUCCAAUAAACUAUACUCUCACUGCAGAGGCCAUAAACAGACGCAUUCGCAGCACAUUGGGUCUGGAGGAUGACUCAUCGGCGAACUUUGACCGGCAAAGAUCACCUUCGAACGAGGAGUGCUGUACGGCAAAUCAAGACUGGCUAAUGAGAAGAGGUCCUUACGUCGGAAAUCAGUUCACCAUAGCGUCAUCCCAGAUUGACAUCAGUCCAUCAUCAUUCGCUCACGACGAUAACAAUAACGUCGAUAAAAAACUUUUUCAAUAAACUGUAUUGCUAACACAUGUUAAAAAUGGUUUGCCAUUGUCGUUGACCGCAAAAUAAUCGUUUUGAUAAACUCUGACAACGUGGAUCAUAUUUUGCAUGAGGUUAUACACGAUAUAAUCUGCAAACAAAAUUCGAAAUUUACUGAGAAAUAUUCAAGCCUGAUGCAAACGUGAAUCAAACAAAAUUGUAGUAAGACUUAGGAUGUCAAUCAGUGCCAACAUAAAAUGUUAGAACACACUAUCAGAUUUCGAAAAUUGGAACCACUGAAUUAUAAAAGAAAGUGAGGUGGUAUGAGGAGGAUAUAAAAUAAUUAGACUGAUUAGAUAAUGUGUGCGAGUACUCAAUCAAAUUCAUGUAGAAAAUAGAAGGGAUCGAUAAUACUUUCUAAAAAUUACACUGAUAUGAGCUAGCGUAUAAACUUUUCCCAAGGAAUGAAAAUGAAACGAAAUGAAAGUAUCUUUGAAAAUAUAUUCCAACUGAACCCAA